AUGGGAGGGGGAAGGGAAGGGAAGGGAAGGGAAGGGAAGGGAAGGGAGGGGGAAAGGGAGGGGGGGUCUAGCCUGCGAGCAAGGUCUCUUGCUGCCGGGAUUGGGGGGAGGUUGGGUGGGGUGGGGCAGUGAGAGACCUUGCUCGCAGGCUAGACCCGGGGAGGUUUUGCUGCUCAGCACAAUUUUUUUUCUUCUUACUUUUAUAAAAUUCUUGACUCAAAAUAAGCACUUUUAGAAAAGGAUGCAUUCACGUAAGAAAAAAAACGGGAAAAAAAGGACGUGUGCGAAGAAACAAGCGAAAUUUAUGAUUAUACAUUUGUCAUUACUCAGGAUCAACUUCUCCACACUUUGAGACCCACAGGACGCUUUUUCCCCACAUUCAACUUCGCGAGUUAGUCUACUUAUAGUACGUUCCUUUUCUUUAAUGCAGUGGAUAAACUGACCAUGAAGUUGCAAACUGCUCUUCGUCUGAAGUUGGAGAAUUUUCUUUAUUGCUCAUGGACCUUGGGGACAUUUAACAGCCUGAUUUUAAGACUGGAUUGAAAUAGCUUGAAUUAACCUUGCCUGCGAAAAAGAAACCCGACCUGAUGGAAUUACUAAUCGUCAAUAGGCCGGGCAAACAAUGUUUGUUUGGUUCAUCUUGUCAAGUGACUUUUGGGUCAAGUUGGACACUGAUGGAGAUCUCCUGAAAUGUCCCUGGGACUCUUGUGAUGUCUCAAGUAAGAGGAUGUAAGUAUAUUUCAUUCUGGAAAAAAAAGUUUUAGCUGCCUUAGGACACGCAGGAUAUGACCUUGUUAUGAUCUUUCAGGCUGAUUUCACGGUUCUAUCCAAGUUUCGGUCGCAUCGGUAGCAUUUUAGUAUGAUUUACAGUGCUACUUGCAGAUUUCCUAUUGCAGUUAUAAGGGUACCAGAUUCAGACUAAGGGUACUGUAGUUGCCUAGUUAGAGAAGAACGCUCUUUCUUGUUUUCGAAGGGUCACAUUGCUGGCUCCAAAUCCAUUAAAAGUGACAUAACCUUCGCGUUUUUCAUUUAUAAGAUCAAUUUUGCUUGUUACAGGAACACUUGUAAAUGGCGUGAGAUUAACAUGCACAUUCUCCAUACUCAUUCCUUUACCGUUCAUCUGGCGCUAACGAGGAGAAUUUGACUAGAAGUCACAAUGUUUUUCGCUGCUAAGCAGUUUCCUCUAUUUUCAGCCUUUUAUGAUUGAUACUGUUCACUGGUAGGAUAUAUAGCGAGAAUGUAAAUUGAUGUUGAUCACUGUUAACCGUACAAAAACUGUUUCUUGUGAUCACCGACGGAAAGCAAACGCACCGACGGACAUUUCAAGUAUUUCAAAACUUACACCUAAAAUCAACUUACAGCUAAAAUCAAAAUUGCCCGUCGGAAAAAACGUGAAAGCGCUAAGUGCUUUUUUAAAUGUACCAGCCGUCAGAAAGAUACAAGAAUCCUGAUUAAAAGGAGGCUUUCGCAAAGCCGAGAAGGCUACAGUUUCCAUUAUGUUUGGUUGACUUUGGUUUGUUUUGGUUCUUGGACCUGUGGGACCUCAGGGACCUCUCUGGGCCGAAGGUUCAUGAUGUCAUUAUUUUCAACAGCCAAUCAGGGGCAAGAAUUUGAUUUGCAUAUGAAUAACAUACAAAAAAACCAUUGAAUUUGUAACCGAGCCGGGAUAGCGCAAUUGGCAUAAGCAUUGAAUUGGUAAUGAAUUGGCAAACAAAGAGGUGACGGGUUCGAAUCCCGCCUGAUUAGCAUAAAAAGGAAAAAAAGAAAAAAAUCGCGGCUUGGAUCUGGGAGGGCUUGGGGCGAGGAGGGGGAAGAAAAAGGCGCUUGGGAAGGGUAUGGGAAGCGGGAGUUGGUACACCGGCCCGGGGGCGGGCCGGGGGAGGGCAGGGAGAGGGGGCAGGCGGGAGGGGGGUAGGUAGAUAGGUAGAGGGGUAGGUAGAUAGAUAGAUAGGUAGAUAGGUAGAUAGGUAGAGGGGUAGGUAGGGGGGGGUAGAUAGGUAGAUAGGUAGAGGGCGGAGGGAUGGGGAGGGGGGAAGGGGGAAGGGAAGGGAGGGAAGGAAGGGAAGGGAAGGAAGGAAGGGAAGGGAAAGGAAAGGGGGGGGGGGGUCUAGCCUGCGAGCAAGGUCUCUUGCUGCCGGGAUUGGGGGAGGUUGGGUGGGGUGGGGCAGUGAGAGACGAUACUCGCAGGCUAGACCCGGGGAGGGUUUUGCUGCUCAGCACAAUUUUUUCUUUUCUUACUUUUAUAAAAUUCUUGACUCAAAAUAAGCACUUUUAGAAAAGGAUGCAUUCACGUAAGAAAAAACGGGAAAAAAAGGACGUGUGCGAAGAAACAAGCGAAAUUUAUGAUUAUACAUUUGUCAUUACUCAGGAUCAACUUCUCCACACUUUGAGACCCACAGGACGCUUUUUCCCACAUUCAACUUCGCGAGUUAGUCUACUUAUAGUACGUUCCUUUUCUUUAAUGCAGUGGAUAAACUGACCAUGAAGUUGCAAACUGCUCUUCGUCUGAAGUUGGAGAAUUUUCUUUAUUGCUCAUGGACCUUGGGGACAUUUAACAGCCUGAUUUUAAGACUGGAUUGAAAUAGCUUGAAUUAACCUUGCCUGCGAAAGAAACCCGACCUGAUGGAAUUACUAAUCGUCAAUAGGCCGGGCAAACAAUGUUUGUUUGGUUCAUCUUGUCAAGUGACUUUUGGGUCAAGUUGGACACUGAUGGAGAUCUCCUGAAAUGUCCCUGGGACUCUUGUGAUGUCUCAAGUAAGAGGAUGUAAGUAUAUUUCAUUCUGGAAAAAAAAGUCUUUUAGCUGCCUUAGGACACGCAGGAUAUGACCUUGUUAUGAUCUUUCAGGCUGAUUUCACGGUUCUAUCCAAGUUUCGGUCGCAUCGGUAGCAUUUUAGUAUGAUUUACAGUGCUACUUGCAGAUUUCCUAUUGCAGUUAUAAGGGUACCAGAUUCAGACAAGGGUACUGUAGUUGCCUAGUUAGAGAAGAACGCUCUUUCUUGUUUUCGAAGGGUCACAUUGCUGGCUCCAAAUCCAUUAAAAGUGACAUAACCUUCGCGUUUUUCAUUUAUAAGAUCAAUUUUGCUUGUUACAGGAACACUUGUAAAUGGCGUGAGAUUAACAUGCACAUUCUCCAUACUCAUUCCUUUACCGUUCAUCUGGCGCUAACGAGGAGAAUUUGACUAGAAGUCACAAUGUUUUUCGCUGCUAAGCAGUUUCCUCUAUUUUCAGCCUUUUAUGAUUGAUACUGUUCACUGGUAGGAUAUAUAGCGAGAAUGUAAAUUGAUGUUGAUCACUGUUAACCGUACAAAAACUGUUUCUUGUGAUCACCGACGGAAAGCAAACGCACCGACGGACAUUUCAAGUAUUUCAAAACUUACACCUAAAAUCAACUUACAGCUAAAAUCAAAAUUGCCCGUCGGAAAAAACGUGAAAGCGCUAAGUGCUUUUUUAAAUGUACCAGCCGUCAGAAAGAUACAAGAAUCCUGAUUAAAAGGAGGCUUUCGCAAAGCCGAGAAGGCUACAGUUUCCAUUAUGUUUGGUUGACUUUGGUUUGUUUUGGUUCUUGGACCUGUGGGACCUCAGGGACCUCUGGGCCGAAGGUUCAUGAUGUCAUUAUUUUCAACAGCCAAUCAGGGGCAAGAAUUUGAUUUGCAUAUGAAUAACAUACAAAAAAACCAUUGAAUUUGUAACCGAGCCGGGAUAGCGCAAUUGGCAUAAGCAUUGAAUUGGUAAUGAAUUGGCAAACAAAGAGGUGACGGGUUCGAAUCCCGCCUGAUUAGCAUAAAAAAGGGAAAAAAAGAAAAAAAUCGCGGCUUGGAUCUGGGAGGGCUUGGGGCGAGGAGAGGGAAGAAAAAAGGCCUUGGGAAGGGUAUGGGAAGCGGGAGUUGGUACACCGGCCCGGCGGCGGGCCGGGGAGGGCAGGGAGAGGGGGGGCAGGCGGGAGGGGGGGUAGAUAGAUAGGUAGAGGGGUAGGUAGAUAGAUAGAUAGGUAGAUAGGUAGAUAGGUAGAGGGGUAGGUAGAGGGGGUAGGUAGAUAGGUAGAUAGGUAGAGGGCGGAGGGAUGGGAGGGGAAGGAAGGGAAGGGAAGGAAGGGAAGGGAAGGGAAGGGAAGGGAAGGGAGGGGGGGGGGGGGGGGUCUAGCCUGCGAGCAAGGUCUCUUGCUGCCGGGAUUGGGGGAGGUUGGGUGGGGUGGGGCAGUGAGAGACCUUGCUCGCAGGCUAGACCCGGGGAGGGUUUUGCUGCUCAGCACAAUUUUUUUUUUUUUCUUCUUACUUUUAUAAAAUUCUUGACUCAAAAUAAGCACUUUUAGAAAAGGAUGCAUUCACGUAAGAAAAAAAACAGGGGAAAAAGGACGUGUGCGAAGAAACAAGCGAAAUUUAUGAUUAUACAUUUGUCAUUACUCAGGAUCAACUUCUCCACACUUUGAGACCCACAGGACGCUUUUUCCCACAUUCAACUUCGCGAGUUAGUCUACUUAUAGUACGUUCCUUUCCUUUAAUGCAGUGGAUAAACUGACCAUGAAGUUGCAAACUGCUCUUCGUCUGAAGUUGGAGAAUUUUCUUUAUUGCUCAUGGACCUUGGGGACAUUUAACAGCCUGAUUUUAAGACUGGAUUGGAAAUAGCUUGAAUUAACCUUGCCUGCGAAAGAAACCCGACCUGAUGGAAUUACUAAUCGUCAAUAGGCCGGGCAAACAAUGUUUGUUUGGUUCAUCUUGUCAAGUGACUUUUGGGUCAAGUUGGACACUGAUGGAGAUCUCCUGAAAUGUCCCUGGGACUCUUGUGAUGUCUCAAGUAAGAGGAUGUAAGUAUAUUUCAUUCUGGAAAAAAGUCUUUUAGCUGCCUUAGGACACGCAGGAUAUGACCUUGUUAUGAUCUUUCAGGCUGAUUUCACGGUUCUAUCCAAGUUUCGGUCGCAUCGGUAGCAUUUUAGUAUGAUUUACAGUGCUACUUGCAGAUUUCCUAUUGCAGUUAUAAGGGUACCAGAUUCAGACUAGGGUACUGUAGUUGCCUAGUUAGAGAAGAACGCUUUUUCUUGUUUUCGAAGGGUCACAUUGCUGGCUCCAAAUCCAUUAAAAGUGACAUAACCUUCGCGUUUUUCAUUUAUAAGAUCAAUUUUGCUUGUUACAGGAACACUUGUAAAUGGCGUGAGAUUAACAUGCACAUUCUCCAUACUCAUUCCUUUACCGUUCAUCUGGCGCUAACGAGGAGAAUUUGACUAGAAGUCACAAUGUUUUUCGCUGCUGAGCAGUUUCCUCUAUUUUCAGCCUUUUAUGAUUGAUACUGUUCACUGGUAGGAUAUAUAGCGAGAAUGUAAAUUGAUGUUGAUCACUGUUAACCGUACAAAAACUGUUUCUUGUGAUCACCGACGGAGACGGACAUUUCAAGUAUUUCAAAACUUACACCUAAAAUCAACUUACAGCUAAAAUCAAAAUUGCCCGUCGGAAAAAACGUGAAAGCGCUAAGUGCUUUUUUAAAUGUACCAGCCGUCAGAAAGAUACAAGAAUCCUGAUUAAAAGGAGGCUUUCGCAAAGCCGAGAAGGCUACAGUUUCCAUUAUGUUUGGUUGACUUUGGUUUGUUUUGGUUCUUGGACCUGUGGGACCUCAGGGACCUCAGGGACCUCUGGGCCGAAGGUUCAUGAUGUCAUUAUUUUCAACAGCCAAUCAGGGGCAAGAAUUUGAUUUGCAUAUGAAUAACAUACAAAAAACCAUUGAAUUUGUAACCGAGCCGGGAUAGCGCAAUUGGCAUAAGCAUUGAAUUGGUAAUGAAUUGGCAAACAAAGAGGUGACGGGUUCGAAUCCCGCCUGAUUAGCAUAAAAAAAAAAAAAAAAAAAUCGCGGCUUGGAUCUGGGAGGGCUUGGGGCGAGGAGAGGGAAGAAAAAGGCCUUGGGAAGGGUAUGGGAAGCGGGAGUUGGUACACCGGCCCGGGGGCGGGCCGGGGGAGGGCAGGGAGAGGGGCAGGCGGGAGGGGGUAGGUAGAUAGGUAGAGGGGUAGGUAGAUAGAUAGAUAGAUAGAUAGGUAGAUAGGUAGAGGGGUAGGUAGAGGGGGGUAGGUAGAUAGGUAGAUAGGUAGAGGGCGGAGGGAUGGGAGGGGGAAGGGAAGGGAAGGGAAGGGAAGGGAGGGGGAAAGGGAGGGGGAAAGGGAGGGGGGGUCUAGCCUGCGAGCAAGGUCUCUUGCUGCCGGGAUUGGGGGGAGGUUGGGUGGGGUGGGGCAGUGAGAGACCUUGCUCGCAGGCUAGACCCGGGGAGGGUUUUGCUGCUCAGCACAAUUUUUUUUCUUCUUACUUUUAUAAAAUUCUUGACUCAAAAUAAGCACUUUUAGAAAAGGAUGCAUUCACGUAAGAAAAAAACGGGAAAAAAGGACGUGUGCGAAGAAACAAGCGAAAUUUAUGAUUAUACAUUUGUCAUUACUCAGGAUCAACUUCUCCACACUUUGAGACCCACAGGACGCUUUUUCCCACAUUCAACUUCGCGAGUUAGUCUACCUAUAGUUCGUUCCUUUUCUUUAAUGCGGUGGAUAAACAGACCAUGAAGUUGCAAACUGCUCUUCGUCUGAAGUUGGAGAAUUUUCUUUAUUGCUCAUGGACCUUGGGGACAUUUAACAGCCUGAUUUUAAGACUGGAUUGAAAUAGCUUGAAUUAACCUUGCCUGCGAAAGAAACCCGACCUGAUGGAAUUACUAAUCGUCAAUAGGCCGGGCAAACAAUGUUUGUUUGGUUCAUCUUGUCAAGUGACUUUUGGGUCAAGUUGGACACUGAUGGAGAUCUCCUGAAAUGUCCCUGGGACUCUUGUGAUGUCUCAAGUAAGAGGAUGUAAGUAUAUUUCAUUCUGGAAAAAAGUCUUUUAGCUGCCUUAGGACACGCAGGAUAUGACCUUGUUAUGAUCUUUCAGGCUGAUUUCACGGUUCUAUCCAAGUUUCGGUCGCAUCGGUAGCAUUUUAGUAUGAUUUACAGUGCUACUUGCAGAUUUCCUAUUGCAGUUAUAAGGGUACCAGAUUCAGACUAGGGUACUGUAGUUGCCUAGUUAGAGAAGAACGCUUUUUCUUGUUUUCGAAGGGUCACAUUGCUGGCUCCAAAUCCAUUAAAAGUGACAUAACCUUCGCGUUUUUCAUUUAUAAGAUCAAUUUUGCUUGUUACAGGAACACUUGUAAAUGGCGUGAGAUUAACAUGCACAUUCUCCAUACUCAUUCCUUUACCGUUCAUCUGGCGCUAACGAGGAGAAUUUGACUAGAAGUCACAAUGUUUUUCGCUGCUGAGCAGUUUCCUCUAUUUUCAGCCUUUUAUGAUUGAUACUGUUCACUGGUAGGAUAUAUAGCGAGAAUGUAAAUUGAUGUUGAUCACUGUUAACCGUACAAAAACUGUUUCUUGUGAUCACCGACGGAAAGCAAACGCACCGGGACAUUUCAAGUAUUUCAAAACUUACACCUAAAAUCAACUUACAGCUAAAAUCAAAAUUGCCCGUCGGAAAAAACGUGAAAGCGCUAAGUGCUUUUUUAAAUGUACCAGCCGUCAGAAAGAUACAAGAAUCCUGAUUAAAAGGAGGCUUUCGCAAAGCCGAGAAGGCUACAGUUUCCAUUAUGUUUGGUUGACUUUGGUUUGUUUUGGUUCUUGGACCUGUGGGACCUCAGGGACCUCAGGGACCUCUGGGCCGAAGGUUCAUGAUGUCAUUAUUUUCAACAGCCAAUCAGGGGCAAGAAUUUGAUUUGCAUAUGAAUAACAUACAAAAAAAACCAUUGAAUUUGUAACCGAGCCGGGAUAGCGCAAUUGGCAUAAGCAUUGAAUUGGUAAUGAAUUGGCAAACAAAGAGGUGACGGGUUCGAAUCCCGCCUGAUUAGCAUAAAAAGGGAAAAAAAAAAAAAAUCGCGGCUUGGAUCUGGGAGGGCUUGGGGCGAGGAGAGGGAAGAAAAAGGCCUUGGGAAGGGUAUGGGAAGCGGGAGUUGGUACACCGGCCCGGGGCGGGGCCGGGGAGGGGCAGGGAGAGGGGGCAGGCGGGAGGGGGGGGGUAGAUAGGUAGAGGGGUAGGUAGAUAGAUAGAUAGGUAGAUAGGUAGAUAGGUAGAGGGGGGGGUAGGUAGGGGGGUAGGUAGAUAGGUAGAUAGGUAGAGGGCGGAGGGAUGGGAGGGGAAGGGAGGGAAGGGAAGGGAAGGAAGGGGGAAGGGAAGGGAAGGGAAGGAGGGGGGGAAGGGAGGGGAAGGGAGGGGGGGGUCUAGCCUGCGAGCAAGGUCUCUUGCUGCCGGGAUUGGGGGAGGUUGGGUGGGGUGGGGCAGUGAGAGACCUUGCUCGCAGGCUAGACCCGGGAGGGUUUUGCUGCUCAGCACAAUUUUUUUUUUUCUUACUUUUAUAAAAUUCUUGACUCAAAAUAAGCACUUUUAGAAAAGGAUGCAUUCACGUAAGAAAAAAAAGGGAAAAAAAAGGACGUGUGCGAAGAAACAAGCGAAAUUUAUGAUUAUACAUUUGUCAUUACUCAGGAUCAACUUCUCCACACUUUGAGACCCACAGGACGCUUUUUUUCCACAUUCAACUUCGCGAGUUAGUCUACUUAUAGUACGUUCCUUUUCUUUAAUGCAGUGGAUAAACUGACCAUGAAGUUGCAAACUGCUCUUCGUCUGAAGUUGGAGAAUUUUCUUUAUUGCUCAUGGACCUUGGGGACAUUUAACAGCCUGAUUUUAAGACUGGAUUGGAAAUAGUUGAAUUAACCUUGCCUGCGAAAGAAACCCGACCUGAUGGAAUUACUAAUCGUCAAUAGGCCGGGCAAACAAUGUUUGUUUGGUUCAUCUUGUCAAGUGACUUUUGGGUCAAGUUGGACACUGAUGGAGAUCUCCUGAAAUGUCCCUGGGACUCUUGUGAUGUCUCAAGUAAGAGGAUGUAAGUAUAUUUCAUUCUGGAAAAAAGUCUUUUAGCUGCCUUAGGACACGCAGGAUAUGACCUUGUUAUGAUCUUUCAGGCUGAUUUCACGGUUCUAUCCAAGUUUCGGUCGCAUCGGUAGCAUUUUAGUAUGAUUUACAGUGCUACUUGCAGAUUUCCUAUUGCAGUUAUAAGGGUACCAGAUUCAGACUAAGGGUACUGUAGUUGCCUAGUUAGAGAAGAACGCUUUUUCUUGUUUUCGAAGGGUCACAUUGCUGGCUCCAAAUCCAUUAAAAGUGACAUAACCUUCGCGUUUUUCAUUUAUAAGAUCAAUUUUGCUUGUUACAGGAACACUUGUAAAUGGCGUGAGAUUAACAUGCACAUUCUCCAUACUCAUUCCUUUACCGUUCAUCUGGCGCUAACGAGGAGAAUUUGACUAGAAGUCACAAUGUUUUUCGCUGCUGAGCAGUUUCCUCUAUUUUCAGCCUUUUAUGAUUGAUACUGUUCACUGGUAGGAUAUAUAGCGAGAAUGUAAAUUGAUGUUGAUCACUGUUAACCGUACAAAAACUGUUUCUUGUGAUCACCGACGGAAAGCAAACGCACCGACGGACAUUUCAAGUAUUUCAAAACUUACACCUAAAAUCAACUUACAGCUAAAAUCAAAAUUGCCCGUCGGAAAAAACGUGAAAGCGCUAAGUGCUUUUUUAAAUGUACCAGCCGUCAGAAAGAUACAAGAAUCCUGAUUAAAAGGAGGCUUUCGCAAAGCCGAGAAGGCUACAGUUUCCAUUAUGUUUGGUUGACUUUGGUUUGUUUUGGUUCUUGGACCUGUGGGACCUCAGGGACCUCAGGGACCUCUGGGCCGAAGGUUCAUGAUGUCAUUAUUUUCAACAGCCAAUCAGGGGCAAGAAUUUGAUUUGCAUAUGAAUAACAUACAAAAAAACCAUUGAAUUUGUAACCGAGCCGGGAUAGCGCAAUUGGCAUAAGCAUUGAAUUGGUAAUGAAUUGGCAAACAAAGAGGUGACGGGUUCAAAUCCCGCCUGAUUAGCAUAAAAAAGGAAAAAAAAGAAAAAAAUCGCGGCUUGGAUCUGGGAGGGCUUGGGGUGAGGAGAGGGAAGAAAAAAGGCCUUGGGAAGGGUAUGGGAAGCGGGAGUUGGUACACCGGCCCGGGGGCGGGGGAGGGCAGGGAGAGGGGGACAGGCGGAAGGGGGGUAGGUAGAUAGGGAGAGGGGUAGGUAGAUAGAUAGAUAGAUAGAUAGAUAGAUAGGUAGAGGGGGGUAGGUAGGGGGGGGUAGGUAGAUAGGUAGAUAGGUAGAGGGCGGAGGGAUGGGAGGGGGAAGGGAAGGGAAGGGAGGGGAAGGGAAGGGAAGGGAAGGGAAGGGAAGGGAGGGGGGGAAGGGAGGGGGUCUAGCCUGCGAGCAAGGUCUCUUGCUGCCGGGAUUGGGGGGAGGUUGGGUGGGGUGGGGCAGUGAGAGACCUUGCUCGCAGGCUAGACCCGGGGAGGGUUUUGCUGCUCAGCACAAUUUUUUUUCUUCUUACUUUUAUAAAAUUCUUGACUCAAAAUAAGCACUUUUAGAAAAGGAUGCAUUCACGUAAGAAAAAAACGGGAAAAAAAGGACGUGUGCGAAGAAACAAGCGAAAUUUAUGAUUAUACAUUUGUCAUUACUCAGGAUCAACUUCUCCACACUUUGAGACCCACAGGACGCUUUUUCCCACAUUCAACUUCGCGAGUUAGUCUACUUAUAGUACGUUCCUUUUCUUUAAUGCAGUGGAUAAACUGACCAUGAAGUUGCAAACUGCUCUUCGUCUGAAGUUGGAGAAUUUUCUUUAUUGCUCAUGGACCUUGGGGACAUUUAACAGCCUGAUUUUAAGACUGGAUUGGAAAUAGCUUGAAUUAACCUUGCCUGCGAAAGAAACCCGACCUGAUGGAAUUACUAAUCGUCAAUAGGCCGGGCAAACAAUGUUUGUUUGGUUCAUCUUGUCAAGUGACUUUUGGGUCAAGUUGGACACUGAUGGAGAUCUCCUGGAAAUGUCCCUGGGACUCUUGUGAUGUCUCAAGUAAGAGGAUGUAAGUAUAUUUCAUUCUGGAAAAAAAGUCUUUUAGCUGCCUUAGGACACGCAGGAUAUGACCUUGUUAUGAUCUUUCAGGCUGAUUUCACGGUUCUAUCCAAGUUUCGGUCGCAUCGGUAGCAUUUUAGUAUGAUUUACAGUGCUACUUGCAGAUUUCCUAUUGCAGUUAUAAAGGGUACCAGAUUCAGACAAGGGUACUGUAGUUGCCUAGUUAGAGAAGAACGCUUUUUCUUGUUUUCGAAGGGUCACAUUGCUGGCUCCAAAUCCAUUAAAAGUGACAUAACCUUCGCGUUUUUCAUUUAUAAGAUCAAUUUUGCUUGUUACAGGAACACUUGUAAAUGGCGUGAGAUUAACAUGCACAUUCUCCAUACUCAUUCCUUUACCGUUCAUCUGGCGCUAACGAGGAGAAUUUGACUAGAAGUCACAAUGUUUUUCGCUGCUGAGCAGUUUCCUCUAUUUUCAGCCUUUUAUGAUUGAUACUGUUCACUGGUAGGAUAUAUAGCGAGAAUGUAAAUUGAUGUUGAUCACUGUUAACCGUACAAAAACUGUUUCUUGUGAUCACCGACGGAAAGCAAACGCACCGACGGACAUUUCAAGUAUUUCAAAACUUACACCUAAAAUCAACUUACAGCUAAAAUCAAAAUUGCCCGUCGGAAAAAACGUGAAAGCGCUAAGUGCUUUUUUAAAUGUACCAGCCGUCAGAAAGAUACAAGAAUCCUGAUUAAAAGGAGGCUUUCGCAAAGCCGAGAAGGCUACAGUUUCCAUUAUGUUUGGUUGACUUUGGUUUGUUUUGGUUCUUGGACCUGUGGGACCUCAGGGACCUCAGGGACCUCUGGGCCGAAGGUUCAUGAUGUCAUUAUUUUCAACAGCCAAUCAGGGGCAAGAAUUUGAUUUGCAUAUGAAUAACAUACAAAAAAACCAUUGAAUUUGUAACCGAGCCGGGAUAGCGCAAUUGGCAUAAGCAUUGAAUUGGUAAUGAAUUGGCAAACAAAGAGGUGACGGGUUCGAAUCCCGCCUGAUUAGCAUAAAAAAGGGAAAAAAAGAAAAAAAUCGCGGCUUGGAUCUGGGAGGGCUUGGGGCGAGGAGAGGGAAGAAAAAAGGCCUUGGGAAGGGUAUGGGAAGCGGGAGUUGGUACACCGGCCCGGGGGCGGGCCGGGGGGAGGGCAGGGAGAGGGGGCAGGCGGGAGGGGGGUAGGUAGAUAGGUAGAGGGGUAGGUAGAUAGAUAGAUAGGUAGAUAGGUAGAUAGGUAGAGGGGUAGGUAGAGGGGGGUAGGUAGAUAGGUAGAUAGGUAGAGGGCGGAGGGAUGGGAGGGGGAAGGGAAGGGAAGGGAAGGGAGGGGAAGGGAAGGGAAGGGAAGGGAAGGGAAGGGGGGGGGGGGAGGGGGGGUCUAGCCUGCGAGCAAGGUCUCUUGCUGCCGGGAUUGGGGGGAGGUUGGGUGGGGUGGGGCAGUGAGAGACCUUGCUCGCAGGCUAGACCCGGGGAGGGUUUUGCUGCUCAGCACAAUUUUUUUUCUUCUUACUUUUAUAAAAUUCUUGACUCAAAAUAAGCACUUUUAGAAAAGGAUGCAUUCACGUAAGAAAAAAACGGGAAAAAAAGGACGUGUGCGAAGAAACAAGCGAAAUUUAUGAUUAUACAUUUGUCAUUACUCAGGAUCAACUUCUCCACACUUUGAGACCCACAGGACGCUUUUUCCCACAUUCAACUUCGCGAGUUAGUCUAUUUAUAGUACGUUCCUUUUCUUUAAUGCAGUGGAUAAACUGACCAUGAAGUUGCAAACUGCUCUUCGUCUGAAGUUGGAGAAUUUUCUUUAUUGCUCAUGGACCUUGGGGACAUUUAACAGCCUGAUUUUAAGACUGGAUUGGAAAUAGCUUGAAUUAACCUUGCCUGCGAAAGAAACCCGACCUGAUGGAAUUACUAAUCGUCAAUAGGCCGGGCAAACAAUGUUUGUUUGGUUCAUCUUGUCAAGUGACUUUUGGGUCAAGUUGGACACUGAUGGAGAUCUCCUGGAAAUGUCCCUGGGACUCUUGUGAUGUCUCAAGUAAGAGGAUGUAAGUAUAUUUCAUUCUGGAAAAAAAGUCUUUUAGCUGCCUUAGGACACGCAGGAUAUGACCUUGUUAUGAUCUUUCAGGCUGAUUUCACGGUUCUAUCCAAGUUUCGGUCGCAUCGGUAGCAUUUUAGUAUGAUUUACAGUGCUACUUGCAGAUUUCCUAUUGCAGUUAUAAGGGUACCAGAUUCAGACUAGGGUACUGUAGUUGCCUAGUUAGAGAAGAACGCUUUUUCUUGUUUUCGAAGGGUCACAUUGCUGGCUCCAAAUCCAUUAAAAGUGACAUAACCUUCGCGUUUUUCAUUUAUAAGAUCAAUUUUGCUUGUUACAGGAACACUUGUAAAUGGCGCGAGAUUAACAUGCACAUUCUCCAUACUCAUUCCUUUACCGUUCAUCUGGCGCUAACGAGGAGAAUUUGACUAGAAGUCACAAUGUUUUUCGCUGCUGAGCAGUUUCCUCUAUUUUCAGCCUUUUAUGAUUGAUACUGUUCACUGGUAGGAUAUAUAGCGAGAAUGUAAAUUGAUGUUGAUCACUGUUAACCGUACAAAAACUGUUUCUUGUGAUCACCGACGGACAUUUCAAGUAUUUCAAAACUUACACCUAAAAUCAACUUACAGCUAAAAUCAAAAUUGCCCGUCGGAAAAAACGUGAAAGCGCUAAGUGCUUUUUUAAAUGUACCAGCCGUCAGAAAGAUACAAGAAUCCUGAUUAAAAGGAGGCUUUCGCAAAGCCGAGAAGGCUACAGUUUCCAUUAUGUUUGGUUGACUUUGGUUUGUUUUGGUUCUUGGACCUGUGGGACCUCAGGGACCUCAGGGACCUCUGGGCCGAAGGUUCAUGAUGUCAUUAUUUUCAACAGCCAAUCAGGGGCAAGAAUUUGAUUUGCAUAUGAAUAACAUACAAAAAAACCAUUGAAUUUGUAACCGAGCCGGGAUAGCGCAAUUGGCAUAAGCAUUGAAUUGGUAAUGAAUUGGCAAACAAAGAGGUGACGGGUUCGAAUCCCGCCUGAUUAGCAUAAAAAAGGGAAAAAAAGAAAAAAAUCGCGGCUUGGAUCUGGGAGGGCUUGGGGCGAGGAGAGGGAAGAAAAAAGGCCUUGGGAAGGGUAUGGGAAGCGGGAGUUGGUACACCGGCCCGGCGGCGGGCCGGGGGGAGGGCAGGGAGAGGGGGCAGGCGGGAGGGGGGUAGGUAGAUAGGUAGAGGGGUAGGUAGAUAGAUAGAUAGAUAGGUAGAUAGGUAGAGGGGUAGGUAGAGGGGGGUAGGUAGAUAGGUAGAUAGGUAGAGGGCGGAGGGAUGGGAGGGGGAAGGGAAGGGAAGGGAGGAGGGGAGGGGAAGGGAAGGGAAGGGAAGGGAAGGGAAGGAAAGGGAGGGGGAAAGGGAGGGGGGUCUAGCCUGCGAGCAAGGUCUCUUGCUGCCGGGAUUGGGGGAGGUUGGGUGGGGUGGGGCAGUGAGAGACCUUGCUCGCAGGCUAGACCCGGGAGGGUUUUGCUGCUCAGCACAAUUUUUUUUUUUUUCUUACUUUUAUAAAAUUCUUGACUCAAAAUAAGCACUUUUAGAAAAGGAUGCAUUCACGUAAGAAAAAAACGGGAAAAAAAGGACGUGUGCGAAGAAACAAGCGAAAUUUAUGAUUAUACAUUUGUCAUUACUCAGGAUCAACUUCUCCACACUUUGAGACCCACAGGACGCUUUUUUUUUCACAUUCAACUUCGCGAGUUAGUCUACUUAUAGUACGUUCCUUUUCUUUAAUGCAGUGGAUAAACUGACCAUGAAGUUGCAAACUGCUCUUCGUCUGAAGUUGGAGAAUUUUCUUUAUUGCUCAUGGACCUUGGGGACAUUUAACAGCCUGAUUUUAAGACUGGAUUGGAAAUAGCUUGAAUUAACCUUGCCUGCGAAAGAAACCCGACCUGAUGGAAUUACUAAUCGUCAAUAGGCCGGGCAAACAAUGUUUGUUUGGUUCAUCUUGUCAAGUGACUUUUGGGUCAAGUUGGACACUGAUGGAGAUCUCCUGGAAAUGUCCCUGGGACUCUUGUGAUGUCUCAAGUAAGAGGAUGUAAGUAUAUUUCAUUCUGGAAAAAAAGUCUUUUAGCUGCCUUAGGACACGCAGGAUAUGACCUUGUUAUGAUCUUUCAGGCUGAUUUCACGGUUCUAUCCAAGUUUCGGUCGCAUCGGUAGCAUUUUAGUAUGAUUUACAGUGCUACUUGCAGAUUUCCUAUUGCAGUUAUAAGGGUACCAGAUUCAGACAAGGGUACUGUAGUUGCCUAGUUAGAGAAGAACGCUCUUUCUUGUUUUCGAAGGGUCACAUUGCUGGCUCCAAAUCCAUUAAAAGUGACAUAACCUUCGCGUUUUUCAUUUAUAAGAUCAAUUUUGCUUGUUACAGGAACACUUGUAAAUGGCGUGAGAUUAACAUGCACAUUCUCCAUACUCAUUCCUUUACCGUUCAUCUGGCGCUAACGAGGAGAAUUUGACUAGAAGUCACAAUGUUUUUCGCUGCUAAGCAGUUUCCUCUAUUUUCAGCCUUUUAUGAUUGAUACUGUUCACUGGUAGGAUAUAUAGCGAGAAUGUAAAUUGAUGUUGAUCACUGUUAACCGUACAAAAACUGUUUCUUGUGAUCACCGACGGAAAGCAAACGCACCGACGGACAUUUCAAGUAUUUCAAAACUUACACCUAAAAUCAACUUACAGCUAAAAUCAAAAUUGCCCGUCGGAAAAAACGUGAAAGCGCUAAGUGCUUUUUUAAAUGUACCAGCCGUCAGAAAGAUACAAGAAUCCUGAUUAAAAGGAGGCUUUCGCAAAGCCGAGAAGGCUACAGUUUCCAUUAUGUUUGGUUGACUUUGGUUUGUUUUGGUUCUUGGACCUGUGGGACCUCAGGGACCUCAGGGACCUCUGGGCCGAAGGUUCAUGAUGUCAUUAUUUUCAACAGCCAAUCAGGGGCAAGAAUUUGAUUUGCAUAUGAAUAACAUACAAAAAAAAACAUUGAAUUUGUAACCGAGCCGGGAUAGCGCAAUUGGCAUAAGCAUUGAAUUGGUAAUGAAUUGGCAAACAAAGAGGUGACGGGUUCGAAUCCCGCCUGAUUAGCAUAAAAAGGGAAAAAAGAAAAAAUCGCGGCUUGGAUCUGGGAGGGCUUGGGGCGAGGAGAGGGAAGAAAAAAGGCCUUGGGAAGGGUAUGGGAAGCGGGAGUUGGUACACCGGCCCGGGGGCGGGCCGGGGGGAGGGCAGGGAGAGGGGGCAGGCGGGAGGGGGGUAGGUAGAUAGGUAGAGGGGUAGGUAGAUAGAUAGAUAGGUAGAUAGGUAGAUAGGUAGAGGGGUAGGUAGAGGGGGGUAGGUAGAUAGGUAGAUAGGUAGAGGGCGGAGGGAUGGGAGGGGAAGGGAAGGAAGGAAGGGAGGGGAAGGAAGGGAAGGGAAGGGAAGGGGAGGGGGGAAAGGGAGGGGAAGGGAGGGGUCUAGCCUGCGAGCAAGGUCUCUUGCUGCCGGGAUUGGGGGAGGUUGGGUGGGGUGGGGCAGUGAGAGACCUUGCUCGCAGGCUAGACCCGGGAGGGUUUUGCUGCUCAGCACAAUUUUUUUUUUCUUCUUACUUUUAUAAAAUUCUUGACUCAAAAUAAGCACUUUUAGAAGAGGAUGCAUUCACGUAAGAAAAAAAGCGGGAAAAAAGGACGUGUGCGAAGAAACAAGCGAAAUUUAUGAUUAUACAUUUGUCAUUACUCAGGAUCAACUUCUCCACACUUUGAGACCCACAGGACGCUUUUUCCCACAUUCAACUUCGCGAGUUAGUCUACUUAUAGUACGUUCCUUUUCUUUAAUGCAGUGGAUAAACUGACCAUGAAGUUGCAAACUGCUCUUCGUCUGAAGUUGGAGAAUUUUCUUUAUUGCUCAUGGACCUUGGGGACAUUUAACAGCCUGAUUUUAAGACUGGAUUGGAAAUAGCUUGAAUUAACCUUGCCUGCGAAAGAAACCCGACCUGAUGGAAUUACUAAUCGUCAAUAGGCCGGGCAAACAAUGUUUGUUUGGUUCAUCUUGUCAAGUGACUUUUGGGUCAAGUUGGACACUGAUGGAGAUCUCCUGGAAAUGUCCCUGGGACUCUUGUGAUGUCUCAAGUAAGAGGAUGUAAGUAUAUUUCAUUCUGGAAAAAAAGUCUUUUAGCUGCCUUAGGACACGCAGGAUAUGACCUUGUUAUGAUCUUUCAGGCUGAUUUCACGGUUCUAUCCAAGUUUCGGUCGCAUCGGUAGCAUUUUAGUAUGAUUUACAGUGCUACUUGCAGAUUUCCUAUUGCAGUUAUAAGGGUACCAGAUUCAGACAAGGGUACUGUAGUUGCCUAGUUAGAGAAGAACGCUUUUUCUUGUUUUCGAAGGGUCACAUUGCUGGCUCCAAAUCCAUUAAAAGUGACAUAACCUUCGCGUUUUUCAUUUAUAAGAUCAAUUUUGCUUGUUACAGGAACACUUGUAAAUGGCGCGAGAUUAACAUGCACAUUCUCCAUACUCAUUUCUUUACCGUUCAUCUGGCGCUAACGAGGAGAAUUUGACUAGAAGUCACAAUGUUUUUCGCUGCUGAGCAGUUUCCUCUAUUUUCAGCCUUUUAUGAUUGAUACUGUUCACUGGUAGGAUAUAUAGCGAAAAAAAUUGAUAAAAUUGAUGUUGAUCACUGUUAACGGUACAAAAACUGUUUCUUGUGAUCACCGACGGAAAGCAAACGCACCGACGGACAUUUCAAGUAUUUCAAAACUUACACCUAAAAUCAACUUACAGCUAAAAUCAAAAUUGCCCGUCGGAAAAAACGUGAAAGCGCUAAGUGCUUUUUUAAAUGUACCAGCCGUCAGAAAGAUACAAGAAUCCUGAUUAAAAGGAGGCUUUCGCAAAGCCGAGAAGGCUACAGUUUCCAUUAUGUUUGGUUGACUUUGGUUUGUUUUUGGUUCCUGGGACCUCAGGGACCUCAGGGACCUCUGGGCCGAAGGUUCAUGAUGUCAUUAUUUUCAACAGCCAAUCAGGGGCAAGAAUUUGAUUUGCAUAUGAAUAACAUACAAAAAACCAUUGAAUUUGUAACCGAGCUGGGAUAGCGCAAUUGGCAUAAGCAUUGAAUUGGUAAUGAAUUGGCAAACAAAGAGGUGACGGGUUCGAAUCCCGCCUGAUUAGCAUAAAAAAGGGAAAAGAAAAAAAUCGCGGCUUGAGGCUGGGAGGGCUUGGGGCGAGGAGAGGGAAGAAAAAAGGCCUUGGGAAGGGUAUGGGAAGCGGGAGUUGGUACACCGGCCCGGGGGCGGGCCUGGGGGAGGGCAGGAGAGGGGGGGGGCAGGAGGGGGUAGGUAGAUAGGGUAGGGGUAGGUAGAUAGAUAGAUAGGUAGAUAGGUAGAUAGGUAGAGGGGUAGGUAGAGGGGGGUAGAUAGGUAGAUAGGUAGAGGGCGGAGGGAUGGCUAGGGGAAGGGAAGGAAGGGAAGGGAAGGGAAGGGAAGGGAAGGGGAGGAGGGGAAAAGGAGGGGGUUUGCCUGCGAGCAAGGUCUCUUGCUGCCGGGAUUGGGGAGGUUGGGUGGGUGGGCAGUGAGAGACCUGCUCGCAGGCUAGACCUGGGAGGGUUUUGCUGCUCAGCACAAUUUUUUUUUCUUCUUACUUUAUAAAAUUUUGACUCAAAAUAAGCACUUUUAGAAAAGGAUGCAUUCACGUAAGAAAAAAAACGGAAAAAGGACGUGUGCGAAGAAACAAGGAAAUUUAUGAUUAUACAUUUGUCAUUACUCAGGAUCAACUUCUCCACACUUUGAGACCCACAGGACGCUUUUUCCCACAUUCAACUUCAUGAGUUAGUCUAUUUAUAGUACGUUCCUUUUCUUUAAUGCAGUGGAUAAACCGACCAUGAAGUUGCAAACUGCUCUUCGUCUGAAGUUGGAGAAUUUUUCUUUAUUGCUCAUGGACCUUGGGGACAUUUAACAGCCUGAUUUUAAGACUGAUUGAAAUAGCUUGAAUUAACCUUGCCUGCGAAAGAAACCCGACCUGAUGGAAUUACUAAUCGUCAAUAGGCCGGGCAAACAAUGUUUGUUUGGUUCAUCUUGUCAAGUGACUUUUGGGUCAAGUUGGACACUGAUGGAGAUCUCCUGAAAUGUCCCUGGACUCUUGUGAUGUCUCAAGUAAGAGGAUGUAAGUAUAUUUCAUUCUGGAAAAAGUCUUUUAGCUGCCUUUAGGACACGCAGGAUAUGACCUUGUUAUGAUCUUUCAGGCUGAUUUCACGGUUCUAUCCAAGUUUCGGUCGCAUCGGUAGCAUUUUAGUAUGAUUUACAGUGCUACUUGCAGAUUUCCUAUUGCAGUUAUAAGGGUACCAGAUUCAGACUAGGGUACUGUAGUUGCCUAGUUAGAGAAGAACGCUUUUGUUUUCGAAGGGUCACAUUGUUGGCUCCAAAUCCAUUAAAAGUGACAUAACCUUCGCGUUUUUCAUUUAUAAGAUCAAUUUUGCUUGUUACAGGAACACUUGUAAAUGGCGUGAGAUUAACAUGCACAUUCUCCAUACUCAUUCCUUUACCGUUCAUCUGGCGCUAACGAGGAGAAUUUUCUAAGAAGUCACAAUGUUUUUUUCGCUGCUGAGCAGUUUCUAUUUUUCAGCCUUUAUGAUUGAUACUGUUCACUGGUAGGAUAUAUAGCGAGAAUGUAAAUUGAUGUUGAUCACUGUUAACCGUACAAAAACUGUUUCUUGUGAUCACCGACGGAAAGCAAACGCACCGACGGACAUUUCAAGUAUUUCAAAACUUACACCUAAAAUCAACUUACAGCUAAAAUCAAAAUUGCCCGUCGGAAAAACGUGAAAGCGCUAAGUGCUUUUUAAAUGUACCAGCCGUCAGAAAGAUACAAGAAUCCUGAUUAAAAGGAGGCUUUCGCAAAGCCGAGAAGGCUACAGUUUCCAUUAUGUUUGGUUGACUUUGGUUUGUUUUGGUUCUUGGACCUGUGGGACCUCAGGGACCUCAGGGACCUCUGGGCCAGAAGGUUCAUGAUGUCAUUAUUUUCAACAGCCAAUCAGGGGCAAGAAUUUGAUUUGCAUAUGAACAACAUACAAAAAAAAACCAUUGAAUUUGUAACCGAGCCGGGAUAGCGCAAUUGGCAUAAGCAUUGAAUUGGUAAUGAAUUGGCAAACAAAGAGGUGACGGGUUCUGAAUCCCGCCUGAUUAGCAUAAAAAGGGAAAAAGAAAAAAAUCGCGGCUUGAUCUGGGAGGGCUUGGGGCGAGGAGAGGGAAGAAAAAGGCCUUGGGAAGGGUAUGGGAAGCGGGAGUUAUACACCGGCCCGGGGCGGGCUGGGGAGGGCAGGGAGAGGGGCAGGGGGGAGGGGGGUAGGUAGAUAGGUAGAGGGGUAGGUAGAUAGAUAGAUAGGUAGAUAGGUAGAUAGGUAGAGGGUAGGUAGAGGGGGGGUAGGUAGAUAGGUAGAUAGGUAGAGGGCGGAGGGAUGGGAGGGGGAAGGGAAGGGAAGGGAGGGGGAAGGGAAGGAAGGAAGGGAAGGGGAAAGGGAGGGGAAAGGA